GUUGCUUUCCCGAGGGGCUCUCUUCUAGGCUCAGUCUGGUGUCAGCAUGGCCCAAGGAAAUCAGCGAGAACUUGCCCGCCAGAAAAACAUGAAGAAAUCCCAGGAAAUUAGCAAGGGAAAAAGGAAAGAGGAUAGCUUGACCACCUCUCAGAGAAGGCAGAGGGACUCUGAGAUAAUGCAACAAAAGCAGAAGGCAGCUAAUGAGAAGAAGUCUAUGCAGACGAGAGAAAAAUGAUGACUAUUUGGAAAAACCUGGGUGUUAUUGCCAACUAGGUGUAUCAUAAGCUCUAAGGUCAAAAUUUUGUGGAGCAAACAGUCAUAUGUUAUAUCCUUAUAAAACUAUUUUAAACUUUACCUUUCAGCCUGACUUAGUGUAGUGUUUCAGAACCAUUCUUCAAAGAAUAAAACACUAACCAUU